CAGUCAAGCUCUGCCAGACUGCGAGGCAGGCGUAGCAGCCCAGGGAGUGAAUGAACCAUGGACAGGUUGAAGUGCCCGAGCUUCUUCAAGUGCAGAGGGAAGGAGAAAGUGACAGCUUCAUCUGAGGAUUUCCACAUUCGUGAAAAUGAUGAAAAUCAGGACCGUGGUAACUGGUCCAAAAAAUCGGAUUAUCUUCUGUCUAUGGUUGGAUAUGCAGUGGGAUUGGGGAAUGUAUGGAGAUUCCCAUAUUUGACCUACAACAAUGGUGGAGGUGCCUUCUUGAUACCUUAUGCGAUUAUGCUAGCAUUGGCUGGUUUGCCUUUGUUCUUUCUGGAAUGUUCUCUGGGACAAUUUGCUAGCUUAGGUCCAGUUUCAGUUUGGAGGAUUCUUCCAUUGUUUCAAGGUGUGGGGAUUACAAUGGUCCUGAUAUCCAUUUUUGUGACAAUCUACUACAAUGUCAUAAUUGCCUAUAGUCUUUACUACAUGUUUGCUUCUUUUCAAAGUAAACUACCAUGGGAAAAUUGUUCUUAUUGGGCAGAUGAAAACUGUAGCAGAUCGCCUAUAGUAACACAUUGUAAUGUGAGUAUACGCUCAAAUGAAAUCUUCCAAAUGAAUAAAAGCUGGGUAGAUGCCAACAAUCUUACCUGCAUCAAUGGAAGCGAAGUUUAUCAGCCAGGGCAGCUUCCCAGUGAACAAUAUUGGAAUAAAGUGGCGCUCCAACGGUCGAGUGGAAUGGAUGAGACUGGAGUCAUUGUGUGGUAUUUAGCACUUUGUCUUCUUCUGGCCUGGCUCAUAGUUGGAGCAGCACUGUUUAAAGGAAUCAAGUCUUCUGGCAAGGUGGUAUAUUUUACAGCUAUUUUCCCCUAUGUUGUUCUACUCAUCCUGUUGAUCCGAGGAGCAACUCUGGAUGGUGCAUCAAAAGGCAUUUCAUACUAUAUUGGAGCACAGUCAAAUUUUACAAAACUUAGGGAAGCUGAGGUUUGGAAAGAUGCUGCCACACAGAUAUUUUACUCCCUUUCUGUGGCUUGGGGUGGUUUAGUUGCUCUAUCAUCUUACAACAAGUUCAAUAACAAUUGCUACUCAGAUGCCAUUGUAGUUUGUUUGACAAACUGCCUUACUAGUGUGUUCGCUGGAUUUGCUAUUUUUUCUAUAUUGGGACACAUGGCUCAUAUAUCUGGAAAGGAAGUCUCUCAAGUUGUAAAAUCAGGUUUCGAUUUGGCGUUCAUUGCUUAUCCAGAAGCUCUAGCCCAACUCCCAGGUGGGCCAUUUUGGUCCAUAUUAUUUUUCUUCAUGCUUUUGACUUUGGGUCUGGACUCUCAGUUUGCUUCCAUUGAAACGAUUACAACAACGAUUCAAGAUUUAUUUCCCAAAGUGAUGAAGAAAAUGAGGGUUCCCAUAACUUUGGGUUGCUGCUUGGUUUUGUUUCUCCUUGGUCUCGUCUGUGUGACUCAGGCUGGAAUAUACUGGGUUCAUCUGAUUGACCACUUCUGUGCUGGAUGGGGCAUUUUGAUUGCAGCUAUACUGGAACUAAUAGGAAUCAUCUGGAUUUAUGGAGGGAACAGAUUCAUUGAAGACAUAGAAAUGAUGAUUGGAGCAAAAAGGUGGAUAUUCUGGCUAUGGUGGAGAGCUUGCUGGUUUGUCAUUACACCUAUCCUUUUGAUUGCAAUUUUGAUCUGGUCAUUGGUGCAAUUUCAUAGACCUGAUUAUGCCAAAAUUCCAUACCCUGACUGGGGAGUUGCUCUAGGGUGGUGUAUGAUUAUUUUCUGCAUUAUUUGGAUUCCAAUUAUGGCUAUCAUAAAAAUAAUUCAAGCUGAAGGAAACAUCUUUCAACGCAUUGUAAGCUGCUGCAGACCAGCUUCUAACUGGGGGCCAUACCUGGAAAGACACCGUGGAGAAAGAUACAAAAACAUGGUAGAUCCUAAAAAAGAGACUGACCAUGAAAUACCUACUGUUAGUGGCAGUAGAAAACCAGAAUGAGAUCUAAUUUUUAAAAAUAUGUGGUUGUGUAAUGUGAUUAUUUUACAAUAGAGGAAAUUUUUAUUUAUUUGUAUGUUGAGUAGAAAAAUGUAUAUACUAUGUUCAUAAUGGUAGAAGUUUUUUUCCCAUUUAAGCAGGAAUGUAAUAUAAAAAUGUGAAUAUACUAAUGUUAGUACUGUGAUUACUAUAUUUCUUUUAAGAUUAUCUAUCUGUUAAUACACACAUAGCUGCCUCUAUUUCACAAUAGCAUUUUUGUAAAUAUUACUAUAAUAUUUUUCUAAUAUAUUGAAGCCUUUAUUUUGAGCUAGUUAUUUAGAAAAUAGUUAUAUUUUCUAUUAUACAGGUUUUAAAAUAUACUUGCUUAUGUUUUCUUAGUACACAAUCAUUCUUUUCCAUAAAGCUGGGGAAAAUAAAUAUUUUUAAAAGAAA